GCGUCACUAAAAAUGUAGAAUUAGGAUUUAGGUGAGAUUCAAAGGCGGUGGUGGCAAGUAGCCUGGCGCUACUAUCUCCGGCUGGUUCUACACAAAAACCCUUAGAUACCGACAAGAUAUGGCGGCGAUUUGCACCUUCGUGCAUCCUUUUUCACCUUCUAUGAUUUCGAAACCACCUUCUCCACCAUCACUAGUUGUAGUGACCUCCAGAUUGUCUUCAUCGUCGUUCACAUCUCCUUCAUCUUCAUAUUCGUCAUUGGUUACGACGUUUCCAAGACGCUCUCUUGGUCGGAGGAUGAAGGCAGGAUCGACUGCAAUGAUUGUUUGUAUGGCCCCCGACGAAGAGAAAUUGACUCGCCGUAACCCUCUCGAUUUUCCUGUCGAAUGGGAGAGACCUAAACCAGGUAGAAGGCCGGAUAUAUUUCCUCAAUUCAGUCCGAUGAAAACACCAUUACCACCCCCAUCACCAUAUGACCCUCCACCAGAAGAGGAAGAAGAAGAAGAUGAAGAUAACAAAGAAGAGGAAGAGGAUCCCGAUAAACAAGAACCAGAAAACCCCUAGUCCCUCAUUUUGUUAAACAUUUAGGGAGAAUUUUGAUGAUGAUAUUAAGGACUUAUAAAUGAAGUUAGAGUAUUUAAUGAGAGCUAUAGUUGAGUGAGACUUCUUUCUGUAUUUUUUUUAUCUCUGAUACCGGAUGAUAAAGUGCUGAAUGGUUAAACGAUAAAUGUUAUAUGUUGUAUUGGAUAUAGUGUCGAAUGGAUAAAUGAGACGAAAAUGUGUUAUUUUAAAGUGUCUUAUGCAAAGAUUCAAUAUGAAG